CCCCUGGCCAGUGUGGACUCUGUUGGUCAGAGUGAGGGACGGAAUGGCCGAGGCCCAGCUGCUUGGGGCAGAUGGCAAUCAGAAGUUAUUUCCCUGUGAAGUCUGUGGGAGAUGCUUUGCAACAGAUGUUCUGGAAAGACAUGGGCCGAUAUGUAAAAAAGUAUUCAACAAAAAACGCAAACCCUUCAAUUCCUUAAAGCAAAGAUUACAGGGAACUGACAUUCCCACUGUGAGUAAAUCUCCUCAGUCCAAGGUUCAGCCCGUGAGGAAAUCUAACUGGAGGCAGCAGCAUGAGGAUUUCAUCAAUACAAUCCGAUCGGCAAAACAAUGCGCUGUAGCCAUUAAAGAGGGCCAGCCCCUCCCACCUCCACCCCCUCCAACCAUCAACCCAGAUUAUAUUCAAUGCCCUUACUGUAUGAGGAGGUUUAACGAAACCGCUGCCCAGCGACAUAUUAAUUUCUGCAAAAAUCAGACCUCUCGACGCGUCUUUGAUCCAACCCAAAUGGCAGCCAGACUGGCAUCCAGAGCUCAGGGUAAGGCCCAGGCAAGUCCCAAAAAAUAA